CAUCCCGGAGCGACUGGGUCCUUUGCCGAGCGUUUCCGGCGCUCUCGGGGUUCCGGAGUGGAUGAAAUGGCGGAGGCUGGGGCAGUAGUGUGGGUUCGCGGCCCCGGCUCCGUGUGUAAGGCGGUGCCCUGUCCCCCGGCUCGGUGGUCAGUACAAGACGUUAUCCACCGACACUGCCAACAUCUGGGUAUGCCUGUGGAAUGCUUCUUUGUGAAAUGCAACGGAGCCCUCAUUAGCACCAGUGACCCAGUACACCAUGGAGCCGUUUAUAGUCUGGAACCUCGACUUUGUGGUGGGAAAGGAGGUUUUGGAUCUAUGCUCCGAGCACUUGGUGCUCAGAUUGAGAAGACAACCAAUCGAGAAGCUUGCCGGGACCUCAGUGGAAGGAGAUUGCGAGAUGUCAAUCAUGAGAAAGCCAUGGCUGAAUGGGUAAAACAGCAAGCUGAGCGGGAUGCUGAGAAGGAGCAAAAGCGCCUGGAGCGACUGCAGCGGAAGCUGACAGAACCUAAGCACUGCUUCACUAGCCCUGAAUACCAACAGCAGUGCCAUGAGAUGGCUGAGCGCCUGGAGGAUUCUGUCCUCAAAGGUAUACAGGCUUCCUCCAGCAAGGUGGUAUCAGCUGAAGUCAGUGAAAAUCGAAAACGACCUAACAGAUCUCAGACAGAACAAGGAGUCAGUGCAAAGAAAAGGAAAUGCUUUUGGUUGGGCAUGGAAGAACUGGAAACUGUGGAGGGGUCCAGCUCUGAGAGUUCAGAUGAUGACAGUGAAGAAAUACCUGGUACCUCAAGAAUGAGCUUCUCCUCUCCAAAAAGCAGUAGGGAUCAUAUUGAGGUGGCAGCCGAAUGUCCCAGCAGUGCUCAGAGGGCAAGAGAAUUGACCACAGACUCUGAGUCAUCAGAAAAACAGCAGAGCCCUGUGACUGACCCUGUGAAGGGUAUUUCAGAAGACUCGUGUGUUGAGCUGGGACAAACAUCUGCUGAGGAGCACGGGCAAGAAAAGAUGGUGAGAGGAAUAGAGGAGAUGUCAAGGAGAAAGAAGGCAGAGUAUCAAGAACCCAUAGAAAAGGUGGCAGCUGGGACUGCCCUGAAUAAGGAUAAAGAGACAGAAGUGAUUGAUGGGGAAAGAGCACACAGGGUCGUUCCUGGAGAAGACAGGGGAUAUAUCCCUCUUGCAGAAGGAGAAGAGACUUCAUCGGGAAACAUGGGUCUCACUGAGGAAGGUUUGGACUUGCUGGUGUUCAGCUCUGCAGCCGAGCUGGAGCUGCUGGGCUUGGAGAAGCUUAAGUAUGCGUUGGCAGGCCUGGGCUUGAAGUGCGGAGGCACGCUGCAGGAGCGUGCAGCCAGGCUCUUCUCCGUCAGGGGCCUGGUCAGGGAGCAGAUCGACCCGGUAUUAUUUGCCAAGCCUUCAAAGGGGAAGAAGAAAUGAAUUCACCAGAGCUGAUUUCCGAUGUGGAACCUCCUAAUUACAACCUGCCUACUGUGGACUCAUGACCAGUAUUCCCAUUAAUAUUAAAGGCUCAUUUUUUAAUAACCCAA